AUGAGCAAGGAUAGCAGCGACCUCUGGGCGGCCGCGCUAAGGACACUAAAUGAAGGGGAUAGAAAUUUGGUUACUUUCGAUGGCCAACACAAAUUGGAUGUCCUGUCCGACCUGGAGCAACGUGUCAUCAGUGCGAGGGAGAAAUCCAUCGAGAAACGGUGGCGAUUUCAUCGACCCGGUGGUGGCCAGACGGUUAUUCUUCAAGAUCUCUUCAGCAAGAUUGUUGUCUGGAUUGAUCGUUUCAAAGAAAUCGGAGAUAUCGUGAUUCAGUAUGAUCCUGUACACGCUGCACUGCCGUGGGCUGGUAUACACCAGCUUGCCGUAAGCGAUAUCAACAAGUUUGCCUUCAUCGUGGAAGGCGCCGAAACAAUGGCUCGAAGUAUCUCGCGCUAUGCUACGUUCGAGCAAAUAUACCUGCCGUAUGAUACUACAGCUUCUCGUGCUAUGAAAGGGCUCGAAGAUGCGCUCGUAAGGCUGUAUGCUGCUAUUUUGAUCUAUCUUGCCAAAGCAAAAAGAUACUUUGAGGAGUCUACGCCAAAACGCAUGGCCAAAGCCGCGCUCACGUCUCAAAGUGAUUUUGAGGAAUUACUUCGCAAUAUUGAUAAGCAUACAGCGAAUGUGGACCAUCACGCAGGUUUAGUAGAUGCAGAGCGCAGCAGCGACAUUAGUAACACGCUUGUGUCGUUGUCAAUCGACCACCAGGAAAUGCAUGCGAAGCUUCGGGAGCUUCUGCAGUCCAUCAACAGUCCGAUUCGCCGAAUGAGUCCCCAGCUCGACAGUCUCCAAGAUCAUUUAAAGCACACAGAGCGUGUGGAGAUAUUACGCUGGUUAUCGUCUCAGCCUCACUUGGACCAUCACCAGCAGAUCAAGAAACAAGCUCUUCCAGGAUCAGGUCAAUGGCUGCUGCAGGACCGACAGUACAUUAAAUGGUAUGAGCAAAGCGCUUCGUCUUUGCUCUGGCUUCACGGAAAGCAAGGCUCCGGCAAGAGUACCCUAGUUUCGCUUGUCGUCGAGGACAUGAUAAAGAGGUUUGAAGCCAGCCAGAGCGCUCUCCCUGUCUAUUUCUACUGCACUCGGAGCGCGGCCGAGCCCGAACGCUCAAAACCGGACACGGUUCUUGCCAGUAUCCUUAGGCAGCUAUCAUGUGUCCAGCCCGAUGCACCCCUUCUUAGUCCGGUGAUCGAGAAGUACAAAAGACAAGGCGAAGGAUUCAAGUCCAACGGUCUCGAACUAGAUGACAGCCGGGAUCUGAUCAUCAGGCUGAUCGAGGACUACAGUAUGACCAUAAUUGUUGUGGAUGCUCUUGACGAAUGCGACGCCGAAAUGCGGCAAAGCCUUCUUGAUGCAUUUGAACAUAUCCUGAAGGAGUCAGUAGGCUUAGUCAAGAUUUUUGUCUCCAGCCGUGAUGAUCAGGAUAUCGUCUACACUCUCCGGGACUAUCCAAAUCUGGAUAUCUCUUCUGACAGAAACACAGCUGACAUCGAAGCUUAUGUCAAGACAGAGGCACAGAAACUUGUGAACAAGGGACAGCUCUUACGCAACAGUCGAGCGAAAGAAGAAAUGACAGCGUUGAUUAUUGACCAAGUUUGCAAGGGCGCUGACGGCAUGUUCCGAUGGGCAAGCCUCCAACUCGACGUCCUCCGACCGCUGAAACGUGAUGAAGAUAUCCGGGCACAAUUGGGAAGGCUUCCCCCAAAAUUGGAGCAGCUGUACGUCGAGGCCUACAACAACUUGAUCUCGCCCCAACUCGAAAUUGCUCGGUCAAUCAUCGACAAUGCCCUGAAAUGGCUACUUUGCGCCCGAGAGGAAAUGCAUGCUUCAAAAUUUCUUAUCGCGGUGGCAGCGAACCUGAAGACCUUUGACGGAGACAUUUCAGUGGACGGUCUUCUCGAACUUUGCAACAACUUUGUUGUAUAUGACGAAGGUCUGGACGUCUUUCGCUUUGCCCAUCUCUCUGUUCGUGAAUACCUUGAAAAAAUGCCGGAAUUCGCGGAAGUCUCGUGUUACAGUCUUGCCGCCGAGUGCUGCCUGCUGCAAAUGGUUGCGUUCUCAAAUUGCCCAGUCGCAGAGCAAUUGAUGAGCGAUCUACACUGUAUCCGUCUCCGUGGGAGUUCAGGUUACACAGAAUCGUCAUCAUGUGCGGAAUUUCUUGGGUACGCCAACACCUUCUGGAUCGAAUACUGUCAACAAAUUCCACAGCGCAACAGGUCGGACGACACUCAGUUCGGGCGGAUCUUCCGUUUUUUCCUCUCAGACAAGCUAGGAUAUGGCUCGCCGCUAAACGCUUGGGUACAAUGGUACUGUAGCCGCGUGCUAGAUGAGGUGGCAGCAGAAGCACCACUCAAGCUCCAAGAAUCUCUUACCAGCUGUUCCGAUUCUCUCUCAAGAUCAUUUCUUGUCGCAGCCUAUUUCGGCUUUAGCGAGAUAAUUACGCUUUGCGUAAGACACCAAGGACUGGGUGACGAAACGAAGGAUCAAGGUCUAAUUUUGGCGGCAUUGGCUGCGCACCAUGAAGCUUUUGGUAUCAUUAGAGAAGACAGAAAAGAUUGGGUAAUGACUGAGCCACUGCUUUUCCAUGCGGUACGCGCUUCAGGCAAGGAAAGACUAGCUUCGCUACUAGAUGAGGCUCCUGAUACCAUAAUCACCAAUCGUAUAAUUACUGCCAUUGCUGAGGACCGGGACGAUGGGAAGUUGACCAUGCUUUUGGAGAGGUACCCUGGCUUCGCAAUCACGGAAGGACUACUUGAACUCGCUCUAGAAUACGCCAGUCAAGUUAAUUUCAGACUGCUGGUAAACAGGGCAGCGGAACCCACAAUUACGGAAAGUAUGCUUUAUAUGCAUGGGUCUGGCGAUACUAAAGCUUCAAAAUCGGUAGUCGACGCAUAUUUGGAGAAGAUGGUGAUUCUCUUGGACAAAGUGGCAGAAUCUGGUCUUACUCCGCGCCUGAUGGCGUUCGCUGCACGAUGGAGCGAUGAGCGUGUUAUAGAGGCAAUGCUGGAAAGGGGCGGCGCUGGCAACAUAACAGAAGAUGUCAUGAUUGACGCGGCAAGAAGAGGCGGAGAAAUCUUCCAUCUGAUGCUAAGACAUGGAGGCAAGAUCACAGACACUGUGUUGGAUGUGGCAGCGUCCUACUGUGACGCACAGCUAUGGCAAGUGCUACUCGAACAAGGCUAUGAAUCCAGCAUCAACAUGAAGAGGCUGAAACUAGCGGCACUUAAUCAUGACCAUGGCGACGCCGUGCUGAGCUUACUUCUGGACCAUGUAGACGAUACUACCAUUGCUAAUGAGAUGCCUGGAUUGAUUCACCAAGUAGCAAGAAAUAUUUGUGAGAGUAAGCGUAUGAGGCAGCUGCUAGAUCGCGCGAAAGAUGUAAGGGUCUCUCAGGACAUGCUCUUGGCUGCGACUUUCAACUCAUCCUCCGGCCAGCUAGGCGUAGUAAAAAUGUUCCUGGAGCGAUCGAGUGAAGUGCAGAUCACCGAGGACAUGCUCUUGGUUGCAGCUGGCGAUGAAGAUGACGGGAUGGAAUUGAUCCAAAUGUUUCUAGAGCGAAGAGGUGAAGCCGAUAUCAGCGAGCUUGUUCUCAUGGCUGCAGCCUGCAACCGCAACCAAAGAUCUCAAGUUAUGCAAUUGUUAUUAGAGCAAGAUAGAGCGGCCGAUUUGACUGAGGAUGUUCUUAUCUGCGCGGCGCAAUAUUCCAACGUUGACCUUGUACUGGAAAUAUUGGAACGAUCGGAGAUCAAGCGAAUCACGGGGGGUCUCCUCAAAGCGGCUGCUGCGAAUGGGUCCUGUGGUGGUGAACUUAUGAGGUUGCUGCUGGCGAGAGCCGAGAUUACUGACUUUCCAGAAAACGUUCUGGUCGAGGCAGUAGAAAAUUACGGCAACGGGACCGAAGUGAUUCAGGUAUUAGAAGAAACUUUUGGUCGGAUCAGUAUGACAGAGAGUCUUUUGGCAAAGUGCGUCCUCAGAGCAGCGCGGGGCACGGUCGAGCUCUUGCUCAACAGGACCGAUCCUGCGCAGAUUACGAAAGAGGUUUUGAUUGGUGCAAUGAGUAACUCUGGCUAUGAUCGAGACAUUGUUCAACGUGCUGUGGCGGAGAAGUCUUUGCAUGUUCCUGUUACGGCUGACGUACUCCGAUUAGCGGCGGAAUACGGGCCGCUUAGCCUUUUCCGAUUCUUCUGGAAUCGAUAUCCUUCGGUUUGGGCUUCGGUUCAAGAAGACCUGAUUAAUGCAGCAGCCAGAAAGUAUUAUUACGACACAUUCAAAUUCCUGCUGGACGACGUGGAUUGUGUCGAGAUUGGAGAAGAAACCAUGAAAGCUAUUGUAGCCAAUGUGCACAAUGCGGGUAUUCUCUUCGACCUGCUACUCCAGCAAGGCCUCCAAGCAGAUACGACAGAAGGCGUGCCAGAGAUACUUUUAAUGAACGGAGGUAUCAAAGUCAAAUGCUCGUCUCCGACGCCAUUACGGCUUAGCAGCGGUUUGAAAGUCACUGAAGACUUGUUUAGGAUUGCCGCGAGUGGUGGAGAUCACAAAUGUCUUCAAACACUCUCGGAAUUCUGUGGAUUAAAAAGCACUCCAGAGAAAUGGCUUGAUAUUGCACGGCUUCGCAAUGCACUUUCACGGGAUGAUAUCGACCUACUAAAAGCCCUGAUAGGACGUGGAGUGGAGCCCGAUGUCGCCGCCCCCAAUGGCGAGACUCCUUUGGUGGUGGCAAUCCGUUAUGGCAACGAGCUGGCGGUUCAAAUACUGCUUGCUGCCGGUGCAUUGCCCGAUGGCGGACCGAUGUUGAAAUACUCCCCACUGUGUGAGGCCGCUGAAUACGGUGAUUAUGACACAGUAAAGAUACUGGUCAAUGCUGGAGCUUCUCUCAAUUUCAGGGAUGACAAGGGAAGAACACCACCGAUGAUAGCAAAGGAAAACAUAUGCUUUAGAGUCUUCAAGUAUCUGGAGCAAUGCAGGGCAGAACAAGAAAAAGGAGGACGAGAGACCCCAGAAACAACAUGA